AUGGGAGAACUCCUUGAAAGUAGUCCUACUGAGCAGAACUUAAGAGUCCUGGUUGAUGAAAAACUUAACAAGUGCCUGCUUGCAGCCAAGAAAGCCAGUGCUCUGCGGGAGUGUCACAGGCGUAGCGUAUUGAGUAUUGCUAUUGAUCUCAUCGCUGCUGUCCCGUACAGUGUGAGCAGGUUUGGAUUUGUCUUGCUGUAUUGCUGUGUUGCUGGGUUUAAAAUACAAGUGUGUCAUCUCUGUUUGCCUCUGCUCCUUUGUUCUGUUUCAGACCUAAACCCUGAAGUUAACUAUUACUGGCAUCAUGGUGAGGAAGUUGUUGUUCAUGGACAUCGAAAAGGUAGAGUUGAUCCUGUGCGAUUUCAGAUAGAUGAUAAGCCUCACCUCCAGAUCCGUGUACCAAAGCAGCUUCCAGAGAUUGUGCCACUGGAGUCAGAUCUUGGAGAUGUUCCUGUUAUUGAUCACAAACCAUCCAAACUGCCAUUGUUCAAAAAACAGUAUGAAAACAAGGUAUUUAUAGGAUCAAAGGUAGCAGAUCCAUGCUGCUAUGGCCACACCCAGUUUCAUCUUAUUCCUGAUAAACUGAAUAGGCAGAGGUUUAAAGUAGCAAAUCUUGAGGAUCAGAUUGAAGUUGUUUAUCGAGCUAAUGGUAUUGCAAGUCUCUUUGCUUGGACAGCAGCACAAGCAAUGUAUCAAGGUAAGACAAUCACUGUGGGAUUUCAUUCCUAUUUGUGUAAAAACAAACAGAAAAAGCAUCUGGGAAUACAUGGAUAGGUAGAUGAAUUUUCU